CAGCAGUGGCCACGCCAGCGCCCGCAGUCGGGUGGGAUCGGCCGGCCCUAAGCCCGCGCAGCGCCCGCCACGCCCGCGCCUAUACCCGUGCCCGCAGCCGGGGGCUGGGAGGUCCGCGGGGCUCUAGCAGGAGCGGCGGCCACCGAGAGCCCGCUCCGCCGCGGCAGGGAAGGACCCCCGCUCCGCAAGCAUGAUGAAGGACUGUCAGAAUGAAUGCUCAGCUGGAGGAUCAGUGGGAGAAACAGCAAAGCAUAUCACUGAAUCUUUCAAGGCUUCAGACUUGAUUAUCACUCCAGCUACAACUUUCAAGGAAAAGCCAGACCCCAGCGGUUUAGUGUUUGGAACUGUGUUCACUGAUAAUAUGCUGAUAAUUGAAUGGUCUUUGGCUUCAGGAUGGGAGAAACCUUAUAUUAAGCCACUCGAGAACCUUUCGUUGCAUCCAGCCUCCUCAUCUCUGCAUUACGCUGUAGAACCAAGAGGACAGACAGAGGAGAAUCUGGUGCCAAUGCUGUGGCUCAAUGAAUACACAUUGUUUGAAGGAAUGAAGGCUUACCGAGGAGUGGAUGGAAAAAUCCGCCUGUUCCGGCCAACCCUCAACAUGGACAGAAUGGCUCGAUCAGCGAGACGAGCAACUCUGCCAUGUUUUGACCAGAACGAGUUGUUACAGUGCAUCCGGAAGCUUGUGGAAGUGGAAAAAGAGUGGGUCCCAUACUCAACCGCUGCCAGCCUGUAUAUCCGUCCUACCUUAAUUGGAACUGAGCCAUCCCUUGGAGUGAAGAAGCCGUCUAAAGCCCUGCUGUAUGUCAUAAUGAGCCCUGUGGGCCCUUACUUUGCAAGUGGAGUCUUUAAUCCAAUAUCCUUAUGGGCAGAUCCAAAAUAUGUAAGAGCCUGGAAAGGAGGAACAGGGGACUGCAAAUUGGGAGGGAAUUAUGGUUCUUCUAUUUAUGCCCAGCAAGAAGCCCUGGAGUUAGGCUGCCAGCAGGUUUUGUGGCUUUAUGGAGAAGAUCACCAAAUAACUGAAGUUGGAACAAUGAAUCUCUUUCUCUACUGGAUAAAUGAAGAUGGAGAAAAUGAAUUGGCAACCCCACCUUUAGAUGGCAUUAUCCUUCCAGGAGUGACAAGGCAAAGCAUUUUGGAUCUGUCACGCAAUUGGGGAGAAUUUAAAGUGUCUGAGCGAUACAUCACCAUGAAUGACCUGACAGCUGCCUUGGAAGAGAAAAGAGUAAAGGAGAUGUUUGGUGCUGGAACAGCUUGUAUUGUAUGUCCUAUCUCUAAAAUUUUAUAUAAGGGCAAGCAUUUGCACAUCCCAACUAUGGAGAAUGGACCUCAGUUAACAACUCGCUUCCUGAAUAAGUUGACAGAUAUACAGUAUGGAAGAGAAGACAGUGAUUGGGCAGUGUUGGUGUCAUGAAAGUAGAAGAAUUCAGACCCUCUCGACGGAACAGAUUUGAAUAAUGACAACUUCUGUAGCUGCCUGUGCGUAGCGUAGUUUCUGUAUCAGUUUGCUUUCCAGGAUGAUUGUUUCCACAAUCCAGCAAAUGUGAACACAAUCAUUUUGAUUUCUGUUGUAAUCCUGUUUGUAGAAACCUGUCAUCUUGGUAGAGGUGCUAAAUGUUAGCAAGAGAACUUUCCUAAUGGUUUUCUUAGUGCCUCCUUGUGUCUUAUGUACAGUCUGAAAAUUUGUAAAAUGUUCUUCAACUGCUCUUCAGUUCAGUUUGUUUUAACUGCCAUCCCCGGCAGAGCACAUUGUCAUAUAACACAAAGAUAUUGCCUGUUAGCUGGCCACGGGGUUUGCCUGGUAUUAUUCUGCCUUUGGCUUUUUGUUCAGGAAACAAUUAAGUUUAAACAUAUGCUCUUUCCUUUCCUGCUUUGCUUAUGUGUGAGAUUCCUGAGUGUUACAUAGCCCUCUAGAUCCCCUCAUGCAUACUCUUGACACAUGACAGCUCUGUCCUUUAGGCCAAAAUUCUGAGAGUCAAUGUAGCUUGCAAUACACUCCCUGUUGGGCUGUUGCUUUUCCCUUCGUAGGGGUAUGCAGUGACUGCUUGGGCAAUGUGUGCCUCUCUUAUAGUUGAAUACAUCCCUCCAUAUAUGAUUUACAGGACUGGGUCAGGCUCCACUGAGACAAGAAUUACCCUUUGUCUGGCCUAGCACAGAGCUGUAUGCUGCAGGCAUAGUGUUGACUUCCAAGUGAACAUCUAGAAAAUAAGUUGAACCGCUCCUCACAGCAACCAGACCUUUGAGUUGAGGAAUUUCUUUCACUGUCCAGUAACAUAAUUUAGAUCAGAAAAAUAUUUUCCUUGUUCCCUUCACCACUCUCUGCAAAAUGUAUCCAGCCUCCGCUGACACACGUAUACUUUAAUAGGGCCUUCCUGUUAAGGAACAAGCUCUUUUGUCAACAGAAAAUGUCUAGCACAAGAAGGAAAGAGUUUACUUACAUCUUGUUUUCAUUCUGGUUAAGCACAUGCUUCUUCAUAUAUUCUCUCACAUGCAGUCUUGAUACUAUUUGGAAGCAAUAUAGAGCAUGUAGCCUGUAGUUAGGCUUCUGCAAAUGUUCACUAACAAUCAUACUGUAAUAUUUAUUAGCUUUCUCUUUUUGCACACAGCAUUGUCGAACAGCUUUAAGAUAUCUCUUGCCAAAAAAGAUCAGUAUAUUCUGUAUCAAUGUUCCAAAGUGCUCCUUCAGUGUAAAACUGGUGGAACUUCAUUGACAUUAGUGAAAUCCUAUAAGAUGUAAAAGUGAAACAUUUAUUGCCAUAGUUUGCAUUAGAGACAGGGAAAUAUGAAGGGAAAUAUUUAGCACUUUAUGGAUUUUUUUUUUAAGACUCAACAGUAUCUCUCCCAUGCUUUAUAAGUCCUUUGUAGUUACUGGCAUUUGUUAACAUAGUUUAAAAGGGCAAAAUAUAAUUUCUAAUAGACCAUCCAUGCCUUACACUACUGCUAAAAAGUAGCCUUAGGGCUUCCCUAUUAAUUUUGUAUUAGAUUUUAAAUACAACUCCUACUUAACCAUCACUUUCUUCUGCUCCUUCAAAUCAUGACUUUUUCUAUCUUUUACUGCAGUCCAAUCGGACCUUUUCAUGAAGAACAGUUGAAGGUUCUCUCCGACAAUAUUACCAAAAGUUUAUUGGAUAGUUUUUUCUCUAUAGAAUGCUACUGCAAGCACAAAAUGUUCUUUCACUUACAGUAGCAAUAGUAUUGUGUGUCUAUUUUUCUGGCCAUCUGAGUCUGUAUUGUGUGCUGGUCUUUGGUCAGUAUCUUACCGUAUAUUACAAACUGCUGGUAGUCUGUAUUUAAUUGGAUGCUUGGAAAAAUGAACAUGGGGAGUAUGUCAAGACACAACAUGGGGUAUAGAGUUUUAUCCAAUGAGACAAGUGUCAUAACUAAAGGUGCCUUUAACUGGAGUGUGGUAUGGAGCUCUCUAAAGGUUAUGUCAUGAGCUUCCUGUGGCUUCCUGUUACCAAAUUGUCUAUUCUGUCCCCUUAGGCUCAUCUUGGAUUUGGCAAUAAAAGGAAAAGUGGAAAUAUCUAUCUUCAGAUUCAUGCCAAAGUGGUUGUAUGAUACCUUAAAUUCUCAGGAUGUUGAUAGAUUUGGCAAGUGUCAUCUCCCAAAAAUCUACAUGAAGGCAUCAAUAUACCAGCAGUAAUCUGUUCACUGGUCAGAAUUAAUAAGAACCAGUUGGAAGAAUUAUUUUACUACAGUGUAAACCCUCUUCUUAAAUUGGAUUCAAGUAAUUUAAUGUGAAGGAAACAGGUGAUUUCCUUUAUUGUAGUUUGCACUGUUGCCUGCACUGACCAGAGAGAUCCCUUUUCUUUUACUGCGCAUUUUGAGCUGAUGGAGACAUCAAAACGAUAAGAGUUGAAACCAGAAUGACCCACAGAAAGGUGUGGACUGUUCUAGCAGAGAGUAAUGAAAACAUGUGUUGUGUGUAUGUUAACUGUUGUCUUUAACAUCUUGGUUAAUUGCUUUACUCUGGCUAUGUCAACUCAAAGUUGUGCUUGUUUCCAAACGGGAUCCAGGUGAAUAGGUUCUGAAUUUUGAACUUUAAAACCUAAAUGAGGGAGAUGAUGUGUCAGUGUAAUACAGAAAGUUCUUCUGAACAGUUGUGUUCUGCCAAUGUGAUUUUUUUUUUGUCCUGUUAACCAAAGGAAAGAAAUAACAUGUAAAUAAUAGCGAGAAUUUGGUAUUUCGUUCUCCCUAUUUUCGGCUGUAAAAUUUAGGAGGGAACUGUGAUAUUCCCUGAGCUAAUAAUAGAUUGUAAAAGAACAUCUGCACAUCUUUUCUCCAUGUGUCCUAUUUGUCUAAUUGCGACAGAUUUACAUAGAAAGAGUAUGGUACAUCAUAACUAGGCAAUUAUCCAUUCUUCAUCACUUAGUUAUGGUUCUGCUAAUUGAUCGUUUAAGACAUAAGAUAGUCUAACAUUAGGAGAAUUUGAGACCGUUCAAAAAAGAUCAACAAAUUAAUAUUGUUGUGUGAUAUUUGCAUAAUUGGCUGCAAUUAUUUAAUGUUUAAUUGGGUUGAUCAGAUGAGAUUCAGCCUUUCACAUGCUUAUGUUUUACAAACACUGGUACUUUAAAAUUAUAAUAAUGAACUCUAAUUUUCAUAAGUUCUUCUCCCCUUCAUUCCUUUGACUGUUAUUUUCAGUACUGAGCAUGUUCUUAAUUUUCAGUUUGGUGAGCAUGAUUCAUACAUAGGAAAGAAGUCCUUCAUAUGAGAGAACUUUUCAUGAAACCGGCAUUUCGUACAAGCUGCUCUGAUGCCAAGACUUACAGCUUCAGCAACUGGCAUUACUUAACUAGAUUCUUAACUGCAAUGAGGGCAAAUUUGCUGAGAAUUUACAGUGACAUACUCUGGUAAGAAAGCUUAAAAGGUUCCUGCUUAGGAUAGAUAACCUCUUCAACCUAUAGCACUGCAAAGCAAACACGAUUUUUGUGGAAUGUAGAAGGGAAGAUGAGAUAAAAGCAAGACAGUGAGAGAUCUCUCUGCCCAGCCAUUGUUUACACAUGUUUAGCUAUCUCAAGCUGAAAAGCAGUUGCUCUCUACUCCUCUUUCUCGGUAAACUCUUGUUUAGGGUUUACAUAAUUCAAUAGAGAGAUAUUGUAGAUUCUCUUCCAUAUUUUAUACCUGUUUUUCAUCAGGCAUGUUAGAAGAACAUGGUAUUUGAAAGAGCCAAGAGUGCAAGUUGAGAUAUCCAAUACAUGGUCUUCCAAGGAGGUAGAUAUGACAGAUCCCAUAGAGGGAAGAACCCUCCUGAAUUCAAUCACCUCUCCAAAACAAUCUGCAUAAUCUCAACAGAUUGCUUAGUUUGAUCUGUCUUGAACUGCUAUGAAAUAGAAUAUAGAGAUGGUAGCACAGCCUAACAGACUAUGCCCCACGCGAUUCACCCUGCUGAUGCUAAGUUUUAAUAUUCUAGUGGCAGACUCUUAUACUGAGAAGUGGGCAGGUGUAAAUGAUGGCUGAGCAUGCCCUGAGGUAGACUGUUCCUUGCUGUCUUUCUCUCCCAUCCAGACAAACUUGCAGCCCCUUUUCCUCAGCCUCUUGCCGUGAUGCCACUUAGUCUCAUAUCUAAAAGUGACCAUUAAGCAAAUUUUGCAUUCUUUUUGCUUUUGACAGCAGUGACAGUUAAAAAUGGCCAUUUGUUCAUCUUAAAGGUGUGUAGUGAUUGGAAUUGCACUUUACCAAUUGCACAUGUAAUGCCUGAACAGACUACCACUGACUUUGUGACUCUGGACAAGUUAUCUAGCCUCUUAGUAAGUGCAGAGUAGUAGUGCUACCACUUACACCACUUUUAACUCUAAAUUUUUGCAUAAAAGAUGUUUUACUAUAGAAAACUGUCCAGGAAGCUUUUCAAACAACAGACAAAGAUGCCACGUGAAGUCCAGCAUUUCAAAGAAUUGCUUUAGAGUAGAAAUAUCUUGGUCAUGCAGGAGAAGAAUAUUAUUUAAAUGAGAAAUAUUUUUAAGGUUCGCUGUAUGAACACAUAGACAAGUAUGUAGUUAAGAAUAUAAAGUAGCAUACAGAAAGAUCUUGAAAAGAGAAUCCACCUCCACUUCUCAAACAGUGCUGUCUUAUUUAAAAGUGAUACUUGAAGGCAGCAUUGUACCUCUUAAUGUAGAGUCAUUUGAUUAGAGGUACAUUUUGUCAUGUAGCACUGAGAACAGACCUCUUUAUCAAUCUUGACUACAAAUUUUCUGACCUGCAAUAUUUAGCAAUUGAGAGGUGUCAAAGAGCUGUGUUUUACUCUAUGUUGUUCCUAUCCUCAAGAUUUGGAAAACUAAUGCAUAGUUCUGAAGUCAUUUAAGCUAAGGAACUUAAUAAGUGUUGUAGUUUUAGUCAUAAUAGCAAAAGAGAGUACUAGUAUGGCAUUGGUGAAAAAAUACCGUUGUAGCAAUCCUCAUGUCCAUACCUUGCUUUAAACAUGGUGAUUAUUAGUGGGAAUUCCAGGGUAUUUUCCCCAACUAUGCAAAAAUCUGAGUGGCAUCUAUAGCACAGUUGACAAAUAUAUUCCCACUCCAUAAACAAAGGUAACUUAGCCAUUACCUUGAGCUAGAACAGUCAGGUAUAUUAGGGCUUAGCAGGUGUGGAACAAUACUGAAUCAGAAUAGUCAAGCUUUAGAUUUGGAACAAAAUUUAGGAAAUAGUAGGAGUAGAAAUCUAAUUAACCACCCUAGCUAGGUUAACCACACCCAAAUUCACUAAAAAUAAUGGUGUGUAAAUUCACUGGUAAUAACAACGUGUCUAGAUUCUCAUCCCUCUCUCUGAACAUAAAUUUAUACUGUUUAUCUUAAAACUUAGCUUACUGUGUCGUGAUUUUCAUCGCAAUCCUAGAUUCUCAUACUUCUCUUAAAAAACCAAAAAAUCUUAAAUUUCAUAUGCAUAGGCAUAUGCAUAAUUUAAGACCUUGUUAUAGAAUUUUAAGGUCAUAAAGGUAUCUGUUGGAUAAAGUUAAGGUAGAAAAAGAGGAGACAAUUUUGUGGAGAUGCUUAACUGCAGUGUUCCAAAUGGUUUUCCAACACUGGUCAUUUUUGGUUUUUACCAAAGAGUUAUGCAGGGAAUAGUAAAUAAAAUGAGCAUAGUGCUUUUUUUUCCUAAGCAAGAGUUGGGAAAGUUUCUAAGAACUGGUUCUCUUAAUAAUGGUAACCCUUUAUAGGACUCGAUUCUGUCAGACUUGGAGCAGUAAUUGAAGUGUGAGUGGAAGAGCUCAGAAAUUAUCUCAGGAGGUACUGUCUUGCAGGAACAGAUUUUCUUUCGUUUUAUAAUUGUAAGUCAUCAGGAUGUGAACAUGGAAUCUUUCAUGUUUUGCACCUUUUCUUAAAACUUUGCUUUUCAUUUAGUAUCGUCAAACUAUCGUCUUCAACUAUCAUGUCUUAGCAGGUUAGAAGAAAGCAAACAUUUUUAUUCUUUAUGUAAUAACCUUCUUGCUGUAUGCCAAAUCACUGCUUCAUUAUGGUUUGGUCACCACUGGACUUGUGACCUCUUCAGGUAAAAUAACAGGUGAUUUUUUUUCUCUACUAUACUCUCGGGUUUUUUAGUAAGUACUAUGUGCUUGCAGCAAAUGCCAGAGCAAAAGUAAAGUGCCAGAACAGGCAUGCCAAGGAGUUAGAGUAAAUAUACCCAUCAAGUCAGUCAAGACAGGAGGUGAAAAGAAUAUCACUACCAUUUUCAUUCAUCCCAAAUAGAGACUAACCAGGUAUACCAAAUAUCUAGAAGAAUAGUAAGUUACAAUUGCUAUUUAAGAAUUGUUGUAUUUAGUUGCUCAAAUACCUACAUCUGUGCCUGUAUUUUCAUUAUUUGGGCCCCAGUAUCUUAACUGAAACCUGCAACACACUUUUAUAUGUCAGGAAACAGUAAAAUAUUAGAUCUAAACAAACAAGUAAUGCUCCAGGUCAUCUAAUGGUGCAAAACAAUUUUUUACAUGUCAGUGGCCUAUUCUGUUCCCAUAAUUUAUAUUCAUUUUCUAAUGGCCCAGUAGCUGACUAGAACUGUAAGUAGGAGACAAAUAUAUCAUUAACUCUAUUCCAUAGUGGAGGAUGUUGGUAAAGAGUAAAUCUCCAUCUCCUGGGGAGAUGUCUUGGGACUCCAGCUCGGCCACUAUAGUAGACACUGACAGAAUGCAAGAGGUUCUUUGCCAUGAUGGAGACAAGUAGGAGUUUUUUCUGAAGCUGUUUGCAAAUGGUUUCUGUUGGAACAGCAAAUUUGUAAAGACAGCUGUCCCAAUCUACCUGAACUUCUUAGAAGGGUGCAGUAGUAGUUAGCGGGAUUGUAUUAUAUAUAGGCAUUGGGAAAUUAUCAACUUAAAGAGGGAGAAGUAAACACCUCUGAAGGGUCUCUGUUUUCUCAAAUGUUAACUGAGUAUUUUACAAGGAUCUGAGUGUAUAAAAGCUGUAAAGGACAGAUGUGUGAAAAAAUACUGGAUAAACUAAAGGAAACUCUACCUCAUUCUUCUCUAAAGGUUUUGUAGAAGCACAAUUAAGCGCUCCUGAUGGCAUUGUUAUGUACAGACCAUCUGGCAUGAAAGAAACACUUUAUAUUUGUAUGUCUAUAAAUCCUGUAAUAACUGUAUUUCGCUGGCAGUAGAAACAGUCUAUACUAUUUGCAGUUUUCCUCAUCAAAUCUGUAAUUAUGCGAUGUUUCUGUCUCCAAUAAAGUAAUUUAAUGGGCA